CUGUGGGGAGGGGCGGUUAGGGAGGGAUAACAGAAAAGAGAGAGAGAGACAGAAAGAGAGGAGGAGUGUGUGAGUUGGGGGAUGAGGGCAGCACUCCCGUUGGAAGACAGGGGAUGCCCGUUAGUUGCUUUUGCCGAUAAUAGCACAUCAACCAGAGCAGUGCUUUCGAGAGAGCGGAACAGAGCAGUGCGGAGAGCUGGGCUGCUGAGAGUAGAAUGGAACAUUAGAGGAGACAAACACUCUCAGAGAGAAGGAAAGAGAAAGGGAUAAAUCAAAGAAAGACGGAGCGCAUCUGAGCUGAGUGAGCAGAGAAGGAGAGAGGAGUGAGAUUCAAGCAGUGGAUACAGGAGAGGAGAGCCGAGAACAGAGGCGUGAGGAGAGAAAAGUUACCAGGUCAGCAGUAGAGGGCUGGAAGUGGAGCAGCUGAGACGCACCGAGGUCUCCCCCCACACAGGUGCAGCUCAGCACAGAAAUAAGCAGCACCAGUGAAGAGUGACAUUACCUGAGGGAAUAGUCAGAGUGCUGGAACUUCUUUUCCAGAGAGGCAGACCUGUGACAGGGGAAAGGUAAUGCGCUUCACAGAACAAUUACAGCAAGACCGCAGCUGAAAGCAGAAGAAACGUGGGCAGAAAGAGGAGCCUGUGCAGAGCAAGUUCUACUCUGUGGUCCAGUUGUGUACUGAGGUGGAGUACUGCGAUUGUGUUUGUUUUGAGAGGUCAUCAGUUUGUUUCUUUUUCCCAUUUUGACCUCAAACUGCGAAGUUGUGGAGAAGAUUCUGAGGGCGAGUGAUUUUCCCUGUUAUCUCUGAGACUAUGAUAGACUGUGCAUUGAGGAAUCCUUCAUCACCAGCUGCAGCCGUACAGCAUGGAGAAGUCCAGCAGUGAGGAGUCAGCCAUUCACCGUAGCCCUUCUGUAGAUAGCAGGGACUCGGAUUUUCCCCAGGCCUCUACGUCCGGUCGCCCCUUUGGCGGCCGUGGUUUUACCGCCGGUGCUUUCUACGGCUCUACCGGGUCAAACAAAAAAGCCCAGCAAGGGCAGGCUGGAGCAUCAGCAGACUCUAACACAGGAGACAAGUCCAACAACAAGCAGAACUCACCCAAAGGAAGCAAAUACGUAGUCUUUUACCUGGAUCUAUCCUUUGUGUUCCUUUUAGAAUUCAAGAAGUGCAACAUGGCAAGAGGCUGCCUCUGCUGCUUGAAGUAUAUGAUGUUCACCUUCAAUCUCAUCUUCUGGUUAUGUGGCUGUGGGCUGCUCGGCGUGGGCAUCUGGCUAUCUGUGUCUCAGGGCAGCUUUGCCACUUUCUCACCCUCAUUCCCCUCACUGUCAGCUGCCAACAUGGUAAUCACUAUCGGUGCCAUUGUCAUGGUAACGGGCUUUUUUGGUUGCCUGGGUGCCAUCAAGGAGAACAAGUGCCUGCUUCUGAGCUUCUUCAUCGUCCUGCUGAUAAUCCUGCUAGCAGAGCUGAUAUUGCUCAUCCUCUUCUUUGUGUACUCAGAUAAGGUGAGUGAUAAUGCUAAGCAGGACCUAAAGGAUGGACUGGCUCUUUACAACUCUGAAAACAACCUGGGCCUGCGAAACGCCUGGAACAUCAUCCAGGCGGAGUGGAAGUGCUGUGGGGUCAUUGCGUACACAGACUGGCAUGAUGCCUUGAAGGAGAAAGUAGUUCCUGACCGCUGCUGUCAGGAGCAUUACCAGAACUGUGGGCGCAACUCCACCAACAUGUUCUGGAACAGGGGCUGCUUUGAGAAGGUGGAGGAAUGGCUGGAUGAAAACAAGCACCUGCUGGUGACCAUAGGCAUGGUCACCUUGGUAGUGCAGCUCCUGGGCAUGGCAUUCUCUAUGACACUGUUUCACCACAUCCACAGAACGGGGAAAAAGUACGACGCUUAACCUUGGGGAGGUCGCUGAGUGGAGGAAUGCCACUUCCUGUUGGGAUAAGACUCUGAUUGAAAAACAACACCCCUGCUUUCAGAUUCACUUAAUAACCUCUUUAGAGUGUCCUUCUCACGUGCACCACUUUCCAGGUCUUCUGUACAGAUUCCAAUUCGGCCUCUGCUCUCACCUGUCACUUUUCAUUUUGCCAAAGAGUAACACAAUCGGACGGGAAAGGACAUCCACAUUUUUUUUGCAAAGGAAGAGAGUCCUCCCUUUGGUUGUCACUCCACUCCAGUACCUUUUCUUAGCCGUCUUUUUCCCCUCCCUCGGACUAACACUUGGCUGGAAGAGACGGCAGACUCUGAGGCCCUCUGCCCAGUCGAAGUACAAAUAUGAAACAGAUUAUACUCAUCACCUGCUAUGGAGAUAUUUUUCCUUUUUUUUUUUGAAUGAAGUGAAAUUCUUCUUAUCAUUUCUACAUGAAGAAAGACUGCUCCAUAAUGGCAUGCUACUGUAGUUUUCUUCUCCACUGAUUAACCUGUGUCAUUGAAAUGUCAAACUGACUACAUGUCAAAUUAUUUCCUUUUUUUUCUCUCCUUGUCAGUGUGUCUUUAGUCUUGAACAGGUCUGAAUGAGCCGUCAGAGGAGCAGAGGAGUGUGUGUGUGUGUGUGUGCGUGUGAGUUUGUGUGUGUGUCUGCGUGUGAAUUUGUGUGUGUGUGUGUGUCUGCAGAGGGGCAGCUGUCAGUGUCAUAUAUAAUCCACAAAUCGUGUGUUUAGGAAUUUGUCUGUAGAGACAUGGGUGAAGUAGCAGGAAGAAUCAUCGUUGGAUUUAUUUUUAUAGCAAAUGUUGCAGUAUUAUCUGAAUAAUAAACUGUUUAAUUCAAA